AUGUCUUCCAUCGCUAGCGUCUUCAUCGACAAGCAUACCACGUCUUCUACUCCCGACCUGCACAUUUUGUACGCCGUCGAGGUAGGCCUGGACGAUGGAACUAAGUACGAGGUGCUCAGGAGGUAUUCAGAGUUUGUUGCCUUGCACGACGCUCUGGGCGAUCCGUACUCUUUGCCUCCCAAGAACAGCGUGUUUAACGCCAUCAUUCCGUCAGCCUGGGUCGACGACGAGCUCAUCGCCCAACGCAAGGAUGGAUUAUUGGCGUAUUUGAACUCUCUCCUUCGUUCUUCUCGAUACCAGGUGUCAUCCAAGCUACUCGCCUUUCUCAACCCCAACCACAUCACCGACGUCCAGGGAUUUGACGACGAAAUCACUCCUUCGAUGAUAUGCAAGGCCAAUCUUACCAUCAAAGCACCAGUUUCGAGGCUCGCCAGUCCUAUUGCAGCUGCUUACUACCCAGAUUGGUCUACUUGGAGCAACCCGCCUAGCCAGAUCGACUUUUCCAAGUUCGAUAUACUAUUCUUUGCAUUCGUCGUUCCAAAUUCAUCCUCGAUUAUCAACUGGGAUGAUGGUAGCCAGGACACACUCCGAACCCUUGUAUCUGCUGCUCGCCAAAGCGGACGUGGGACUAAGAUUGUCUUGUCCAUAGGUGGCUGGGGCGGCAGUUACUGGUUCUCAAAUUCCAUGAGCAAUGCGACCAAUCGUACAAAGCUUAUCAACGCUUUGGUGGGUGCCGUAAAUUCCUUCGGGUUAGACGGCAUUGAUAUCGACUGGGAGUAUCCGAAUUCUCCAGGCUCCGGCAAUCCGUAUUCUUGGGCGGAUGCGGCAAAUUUUCUGUCGUUCCUCAAGUCUUUACGUGCAGCCUUGGGCUGGUCGAAAAUCAUCAGUGCCGCUGUCGCUCACCAUCCUUGGCUUGGCCCCAGUGGCGCUCCUUUGUCUAACGUAUCAGACUACGCAGCUCAGAUGUCAUAUAUCAACAUCAUGAACUACGAUGUUAAUGGAGCAUCGGCUAACCCUGGACCCAAUGCACCCCUCGGGAACCCCUGUGGUAGCUCUAGCCAGCCGGAGGCUAACGCCCAGGCUGCUCUUUCGCAAUGGAAGAAAGCUGGCUUUCCGGCGUCAAAGAUGCUACUGGGAUUGGCUCUUUAUGGAUACGUCUCAAAGAGUACAGCUACAAGACUCUCGAAUAGCUACGCCCCUGCGGCAGACCCACAUGAGCAUGCGCCGCUUGUCGAGCGUGCUGACGCUGUGGCUGGUGAUCUCAGCCAAUGGUGGGGAUCCCAGGUGGCGUUUAAGCAGCUGUCGAACGGAACGUACGGCGGUGCCAACGGAUUCACUAUGGGAUGGGAUGACUGCAGUGAUACUCCAUUCUUGUACAGCACGGCAAAGACUACCGUUGUUUCUUACGACGAUACUUAUAGUCUUGCGGACAAGGCCAAAUUUGCGAAUCAGUCAGGGAUGGCGGGAUGUUUUACGUGGUCUUUGGAUCAGGACGAUGGAUACUCGUUGCAAGACGUUAUUCGGUCGAACCUGGGCAAGUAA